AUGUUUCUGACCGAGAGGGCAAUGAUUCCACUGGUGAUGGGACACAAAAGAAACCCUUCAAGACUGUUCUAAAGGCUUUGAUGACAGCAGGAAAGGAACCAUUUCCUACUAUUUAUGUGGAUUCGCAAAAAGAAAAUGAGAGAUGGGCCAUCAUUUCAAAGUCACAGAUGAAAAAUGUGAAAAAACUGUGGCACAGGGAACAAACAAAGAAUGAAGCGAAGGAGAAGAAGGAGGCAGAAGAUCUCUUGAGAAGAGAGAAGAACCUGGAGGAAGCCAAGAAGGUUGUUAUCAAGAACGAUCCUAGUCUUCCAGAGCCAAAAUGUGUGAAGAUUGAUGCGCUGGAGGCUUACAGAGGCCAGAGGGUGAAGAUUUUUGGCUGGAUUCACAGAUUACGGAGGCAAGGAAAAAACCUAAUGUUCAUUGUUUUGCGAGAUGGCACCGGUUUUCUUCAGUGUGUCCUUUCAGAUGAACUGUGUCAGUGUUACAACGGGCUCGUUCUCUCCACGGAGAGCAGCGUUGCAGUCUAUGGUACGCUGAACCUCGUUCCUGAAGGCAAGCAGGCUCCGGGAGGCCACGAGCUGAACUGCGACUACUGGGAGCUUAUUGGUCUGGCCCCAGCAGGAGGGGCUGACAAUCUCCUCAACGAGGAUUCCGAGGUUGAUGUGCAACUUAACAACAGGCAUAUGAUGAUUCGGGGCGAGAAUAUGUCCAAAAUCUUCAAGGUGCGCUCCAUGGUAGUGCAGGCCUUCAGGGAUCACUUCUUUGCCAACGGAUACUACGAAGUCACACCGCCCACUUUAGUGCAGACGCAGGUGGAAGGAGGCUCGACCCUGUUCAAACUGGACUAUUUUGGUGAAGAGGCGUACUUGACGCAGUCGUCCCAGCUCUACCUGGAGACCUGCAUCCCGGCCUUAGGAGAUGUUUUCUGCGUUGCUCAGUCGUACAGGGCAGAGCAGUCCAGGACCCGCAGACACCUGGCAGAGUACACUCACAUUGAAGCUGAAUGUCCGUUUAUAAGUUUUGAGGAUUUGUUGGACCGACUGGAGAACUUGGUUUGUGAUGUGGUAGACAGAGUCUUGAAAUCUCCUGCAUCGAGCUUACUGUACGACCUAAACCCGGGCUUCCAGCCCCCUAAACGUCCUUUCCGACGAAUGAACUACACGGAGGCCAUUGAGUGGUUGAAGGAGCACGAUGUGAAGAAGGAAGAUGGCACUUACUACGAGUUUGGGGAAGAUAUUCCUGAAGCUCCUGAGAGGCUGAUGACAGACACUAUUAACGAACCAAUCCUGCUGUGCCGAUUUCCUGCAGAGAUAAAGUCCUUCUACAUGCAGCGCUGCCACGACGACUCCCGGCUCACCGAAUCCGUUGAUGUGUUGAUGCCGAACGUCGGUGAAAUCGUCGGCGGCUCCAUGCGCAUCUGGGACAGCGAGGAGCUGCUCCAAGGCUACAAGAGAGAGGGCAUCGAUCCCACGCCCUACUACUGGUACACCGACCAGAGAAAAUACGGCACGUGCCCUCACGGUGGAUAUGGUUUGGGGUUAGAACGGUUCCUGACCUGGAUCCUGAAUAGACACCACAUCCGAGACGUCUGUCUCUACCCACGCUUCGUCCAGCGCUGCAAACCGUAGCCAUCCUCCUGAUAACCUCCUGCAAAACGGGCAACUGGUGCUUGGAAAGGGACGAUACACUCUGCUAUACUACAGCCUGUCUAAGGACAAGCCUUACCACAGCCUGUUGUUAAUAUAAAUACUCAUUUAGGGCAUGAAAAGGAAAACAAACCAACCCCUUUUUUAAUGGAAAAUGCUACUAAUUAACUGGAAGAAGCCUUAGAAAAAAAAUGUUAGGUGCGUUUAUGCUCUUCAAGUCAACACAAAGCAAAGAUCCUGAUAUGCUGUCAUUUAAAAAGCAAGAUGAUGCUUCUGGUUUUAAUUUCGGUGACUUAAAAUGUGCUGGGCAUAAAUAUGCUGGGCAUUUGAUUUAUGUUUUUUUUAACCUGCUUUAAUUCCACUCUGUUCUCCUGUGGUUUCUUGUUGGAGAGAUCAGGAGUUCAGGCUCUUUUAAAUUCCCAAAUACUGAUCUCUGAGAAUGACGAGACAUCUAAAGAGCUCAACAAAGUAUAAAAAUGGGAAUAAUGAUAUUAAGUGCUGUGAUUUUGUAGCUGCUGCUGGUUUUAAUGGAAGUUCUGUUGCAAGGUGUGUAGUACUGAACACAAACUCCCCUGCAGGAGACGUGGGUCGGUGGGUUGGUUGGUUGGUAGAUUUUUCCCCAUUAUUUAUUGGUUAGAAGGGAAGAGGCUGGGGGCGGGGGGGAGGCGUUGCUGCUAUUUGUCCUGCUCCCUGGGUGAAGCGCUGCAGCAGGUCCCUGCACACCCGGCCCACGCCGAGUGAC